AUGUCACAGACACCUCAGCCAGAGCGGCACUCGUCCGAUCAGCCAGCAGCCGCAAGACGAACUUCGGACGCCAGCUCGUUCGAACUGCCCGUAUCGCUCUCCUUCACCUCCCACGUAUCCUCAACCGAAAUCCUCGACUCGUAUCAACCAAGUAAUAGGGGAUCGGGUCUGCCGUAUCUCGACUCGCUACCAUCUCCCGCCCCGCUGCGAAACAGCCAGACAGACGCUAGGCAGUCCAACAUCUUUCCGUCCGCAGCUUCGCCUCGACUGACCCCAGGUCCUUUCGAUUCACCAUCGCUUGCGCAUCUCGCUGGCUCAAGGUCUUCGUUCGACGCAUCGGCCGCAACGUCGUCAUCGAAAGACACUAGUCACGAUUCGCCGACCAUAGAUAGAGGUGCGAUUCGUUCAGCUUCACCGUACAACAGCCCAGACAUCUCCAUCACUGUUCCCGGUAGUACAGCAUUCAAGCAGGCGCAAGAACAGCAGAACCUCGUCGCCGAAGACUCGCCAUCCGCAUCCACAAAGCGAUACUCAAAGGUCUUGCACGGUCUCGGCCUCUUUGGAUCCACUUCGAAGCGCAAAUCGCAUCUUGGGAUGAGGGACACUUCGAACAAGCUCGGUCUUCGGAUAGAGACCGCGAUCGCCAUCGAUGAGCCUGCUCACGAACAAGGUGCUUCAGGAGCAGGCUCGAGCGGUAGUGGGAGCGGUCUUCGGCCAUCGACCCAGCCACGUUCUGCGGGGGCGAGCCCGCUUUCCUCUCCUGGAGGCACAUACAAGCCACCCUCGGCGCAUCAUCUCCUCGGCGGACUCGGUGUGAGUCACGCACAAGGUCUUUCAUGGUCAUCGAGCUUCGUAUUACACGAGGACAAGUAUCCAGCCACAAGAGCCGACGCGUUCUCCGCCGGCCUCGUCCCCGUCCUCAACAUCGACGAUUCGUCCAGCUCCAUCUACUCUGCCAGCAGCCCCCGUCGACCCUACACCCCGGGCAGCUUCACCAAUGGCCCACGAACACCGCUCUCUGCAACCGCUUCACCCAGUGCAUCCUACUUCGACGAGAAGAAGCUCAGUGGCGCAUCUGCUUCGAGUCUCGACCUGCCAAAGUCGCUUUCACCCUCUAUGACAGGACACGAUUUCAAGAUGUGGGGCGAUUACGACGCGGAAUCCGAACCGGACGAUUAUCUCCACGAACCAGACUCGGAGAAAGAUCGCAAGGCUUCCAAUGCCAAGCAGAUGUUUUCGCCGAGAGGUUUGCUCAACAUCGGGACGUUGGCGAUCAUCGGGUUGGGGCUGAUGGUGUUGUUCGGUGGGUACCCGGUCAUCUCUUGGUUGACCAGAUCAAAGACCUCUAACAAAGGCGGAUUCAACUUGGGAGGUAUCAAUGCGACCGGUCAAGUGGCCCAAUUGAAUAUUGGCAGAGACCUCAUCGAUCCUGAUACACCCGAGAACGUCAGAACGCGAACCACACUCAACGGAUCCGGCAAAAAGAUGAACCUAGUUUUCAGUGACGAGUUCAACCGCGACGGCCGGAGCUUCUACCCGGGAGACGAUCCCUUCUGGACCGCGGUGGAUCUACACUACUGGGGUACGGAGAACUAUGAGUGGUACGAUCCGAGUGCUGUCACCACCGCCAACGGAUCGCUCGUGAUCACGUUGGAUCAGGUUCCGACGCACAAUCUCAACUUCCGCGGUGGAAUGUUGCAGUCUUGGAACCAGUUCUGCUUUACUGGUGGGUACAUCGAAGUGUCGAUGGUGCUGCCUGGUGCGCCGGACAUUGCAGGAUUGUGGCCGGCAGCUUGGACGAUGGGGAAUCUAGGAAGAGCUGGGUACGGUGCUACGACGGAUGGAAUGUGGCCCUACACGUACGAUUCGUGCGAUGUGGGCACGCUGCCCAACCAGACGUAUGCGAAUGGUACGGGACCGAUUGCUGCGCAGACCACAGGUGUGUACGUCGAAAAGUACGGUCCGUACCUCUCCUACCUUCCCGGCCAACGAUUGAGCCGAUGCACGUGUCACGACUCACUCGACCAUCCAGGGCCGCGACACGCCGACGGUACAUGGGUCGGCCGUUCCGCACCCGAGAUCGACAUUAUCGAAGCAGCCGCAUCCCACACCCGUGGCAGCCGCGGUUUCGCCUCCAUGUCUGCCCAGAUCGCACCCUUCAACACCGGAUACAACCUCACCGACGGUCCCGGCACCACCGAGUUCUUCUCCCAGGAUGCAGCUCUCAACACCUACACCGGUUCCCCUCUCCAACAAGCUGCUUCCGCUCUCGUCUACACCAAGCGCGGAGCAUAUCAAGACACCCUGCAGCAAUUCUCCUCGUAUGGAUACGAGUACAAUCCGGGCUCCGACCCGGACUCGUACAUUCUCUGGACAGUGGACGGCCAACCGAUGUGGCAGUUGAACUCGAAAGCGCUGGGACCGGAUGCCGGUACGCAGAUCGGUCAACGACCGAUCCCGUACGAGCCCAUGUACAUCCUGCUGAACUUGGGCAUCUCCUCCAGCUUUACCACGGUGGACUGGAAACACUUGAACUGGCCGGCACAGAUGUUGGUGGAUUACGUGAGGGUCUGGCAGGUCGAGGGAGAGGAGAACGUCGGAUGCGAUCCGGAGAGCGCCCCUACAGCGGCGUAUAUCGAGGCUCAUAAGGAGGCUUACUUCAAUGCGAACAAAACUCUUUGGAGUGGUGACACAGAUAAAGGUGGAUACGGUGCAUUGGUCCCAGGCAACUCGAUGCUCGGUCAGUGUUAA